AAGCAAUAAAACCGGAGUCGGUUACCAACAAACCCCACCCCACUUCCUUCACCUUCACACAUCAUUCACAUGAUAAAUGGUGGGCUCGAAGCAAGAGGGACAAGCUCUAAGCAACAAAAGCUGUAUAUGAGAAAGGUGAAGCAUCAGAACCAAGCUCAAAAGAGGAAGUUCGAUGAAGCAGAUUGGAAGAGCCAACCUAUAACUUUCACUUUGGUUGAUCUAGAUGGUGUUGUCACAUCACACAAUGACCCGUUAGUCACCUUUGUUAUCGUCAAUAAUUGCAAAGUGCAGCGUGUGCUUGUUGACACCGGCAGUGCUCUUGACAUUAUGCAAUCAAGAAAUAGAAAGACAUUGUUAUAUGACCUCCGUCGCCCAACCUCGAAAAGACAAAGAGGCAUCUCAGCUAUUAGAGCCACCUCAGCCAAAGGCUCCAAGCAACCAACAGGUAAUGGGCAUAAGUUGCUAGAUAAUAGACCUAAAGAUGAGACUAGGGCCACCCCAGUGGAAAAAGUGAAAGAAGUGCAGAUUGAUGAUAGUGAUCCCACCAAGAAGACGCAAAUUGGCACAAAACUGAGCCUAAAGGAGAGGGAGGAGCUCAUAAGCUUCCUGAAGGUGAACAAGGGUGUAUUUACAUGGACCUCAACUGACAUGCCUAGAAUUCCAACCUCGAUUGCAGUGCACAAGUUGAGCACCAAUCUUUUGAAGAAACCAGUUGUCUAGAAAAGACAUCUAUUCGGAGGGGAGAGGCUUAAAGUCAUCAAGGAAGAAGUGUAGAAGCUCUUGCAAGUAAGAUCUGUGAGAAGGGUAGACUACUGUGAAUGGCUCACUAAUCCAGUUUUGGUGAAGUCAAAUGGCAACUGGAGGAUGUACAUUGACUGCACCAAUCUCAAUGAUGCUCGUCCCAAGGACUGUUAUCUCAUGCCCAACAUAGACAAGCUAGUAGAAGCUACCUUAUGGAAUAAAAGGUUGAGUCUUUU